AUGUAUCUUGGUUCUUGGUUAAGUCGUCUAUGCAGGGGUUUAUCCAUACCCAUCGGAAAGACCAUGCGGCCAAUCUGGGGUUCUCUAUCCAGAAAUCUGGCGUUGAGUUCACAAAGAAUUCCAGAACUCAGUAGCUUUGUUGCUCGGACCAACACCUGUGGAGAGUUGCGUUCCUCCCACUUAGGCCAAGAAGUCACUCUGUGUGGAUGGAUUCAGUACCGCAGGCAGAACACCUUCUUGGUCCUAAGAGAUUGCCACGGUCUUGUUCAAAUUCUCAUUCCCCAGGAUGAGUCAGCUGCAUCUGUGAGGAGGAUUUUGUGUGAAGCCCCUGUGGAGUCUGUGGUAAGAGUAUCCGGGACAGUAAUCGCCCGUCCUCCAGGACAAGAGAAUCCGAAAAUGCCAACAGGUGAGAUUGAAAUCAAGGUUAAAACAGCCGAGCUCCUGAAUGCCUGCAAAAAACUGCCCUUUGAAAUUAAAGACUUUGUGAAGAAAACAGAGGCGCUUCGUCUGCAGUACCGGUACCUGGACCUGCGUAGUUUCCAAAUGCAGUACAACCUCAGGCUGAGGUCGAAGAUGGUCAUGAAGAUGCGGGAAUACCUCUGUAAUCUGCACGGGUUUGUGGAUAUAGAAACCCCAACAUUAUUUAAGAGGACCCCAGGAGGUGCCAAGGAGUUUUUAGUACCAUCCAGGGAACCUGGGAAGUUUUAUUCUCUCCCUCAGAGUCCUCAGCAGUUUAAGCAGCUUCUGAUGGUUGGUGGUCUAGACAGGUAUUUUCAGGUCGCUCGGUGUUAUCGAGAUGAAGGCUCAAGACCAGAUAGACAGCCGGAGUUUACUCAGAUUGACAUAGAGAUGUCCUUUGUAGACCAGACUGGCAUUCAGCGUUUAGUUGAGGGCUUGCUGCAGUAUUCCUGGCCUGAUGAGAAAGACCCUCUAGUGGUUCCUUUUCCUUCCAUCACUUUUGCUGAGGCAUUGGCCAUCUAUGGAACUGAUAAGCCAGAUACUCGCUUUGGGAUGAAGAUUGUGGAUGUCAGUGAUGUGUUCAGAAACACAGAGAUGAGAUUUCUUCAGGAUGCACUGGCUAAGCCCCAAGGAACUGUCAAAGCAAUAUGUGUUCAUGAAGGAGCAAAGUACUUAAGGAAGGAAGACAUUGAGUUCAUCAGAAACUUUGCAGCUCACCAUUUCAGUCAGGAAGUCCUACCUAUAUUCCUGAAUGCCAAGAAGAACUGGAGUUCACCAUUUGCUAAAUUCAUAAUAGAGGAGGAAAGACUGGAAUUAACCAGAUUAAUGGAGAUACAAGAAGAAGACAUGGUGCUACUGACUGCUGGGGAACAUGAGAAAGCAUGCUCUCUGUUGGGAAAGUUACGACUAGAGUGUGCAGACCUUUUGGAGAUGAGAGGAGUGGUGCUCCGAGACCCAGCAGUGUUCUCUUUCCUUUGGGUGGUUGACUUUCCACUCUUCCUUGCCAAGGAGGAGAGUCCCACAGAGCUGGAGUCAGCCCACCAUCCAUUUACUGCUCCUAAUUCCAGCGACAUUCACCUCCUCUAUACUGAGCCAGAAAAGGUUCGUGGCCAACACUACGACUUGGUUUUAAAUGGCAAUGAGAUAGGAGGUGGUUCUGUCCGAAUCCAUGAUGCACAGCUACAGAGGUACAUCCUGGAAACAUUGCUGAAGGAAGAUGUGAAAUUGCUUUCCCAUCUGCUUCAGGCUUUAGACUAUGGGGCUCCCCCUCAUGGAGGAAUUGCCUUAGGGUUAGACAGACUGGUAUGUCUUAUCACGGGAGCACCCAGCAUCAGAGAUGUCAUAGCCUUCCCUAAAUCCUACCGAGGACAUGACCUUAUGAGCAACGCUCCAGACUCCGUGUCUCCAGAAGAGCUGAAGCCUUACCAUAUCCACAUCUUAUGGCCAAAAGACUCAGAAGAGGAGAAGGCGUCCACACCUUCCAAACACAUGAGCUCUUAACUUUUGCUUUCUCUGGUUCAUCAAACCUAAAAUAAGAUCCAGACCUGCCAGACUUUAGAAUCAAGUGUCUGUGUAGAAGCAAGCAAUACAGUGUAAGAAACAGAAGCUA